GGGCAGUGUGGCGCAGCGGCGGAGGAGGAGAGGUGAAAGGUCGUAGCUGGGCAGUCUGCAGGAAAACCCCGACCACGACUUGAGAGCAAAAUAUGGGUGAAAAUGAAGACUUUACCGCAUAUUUACAAGACAGCAAGGGUGCAUACGUACUCAGCAAUGUCGCCGAAGUGGUUGAGCGAAUUCUGACCUUCGUACCGACAAAAUCGCUGCUGCGGAUCGCAAGUGUGUGCAGACUGUGGAGAAACUGUGCCCGGAGAGUGCUGAGGACUCACCAGCAGCUGACCUGGGUGUCGGCCUGUGGGCCGUCUAACACAGAGGCCCACGUCCUCUGCAGCAUCCUGGCUGAGGAGGUUGAGAAAGUGUUUCUUGUGCCCAAAACAGUUCUGGCAUUGGUAGACUAUGAGGGCUUCACUGGACGAGCUUAUUGCUACAGACAGAAUAAAGCCAAAAAGAAUCGCCACAGUCCAGACACGGUUGAAGAACUGAACCUGCUCUUCCCGAAAGGCUGUGACAUCAUGGGCAUCACCACACCAGGCGUAGUCUUGACUCCCAGUGGCUCCUGCUCCAGCCUUCCUCAGGAGUACCAGGAGGGGGAGGCUGGUUUUGCAAUCAUGCUCCCCAGUAUAGAAGGUGUCCACAUCAAGCCCUUUCAUUUUUGCAAGAAGUCCAUUUCCCCAACAGCUCUAAAAGACGCAGGACUAGUUGACAACCCAGAGCUUCGCGUGGUACUGAUAUUUGUCUAUGAGGCGUAUAAAACAGGAGGAUCGCAAUUCCUCAGCCAGAUACUGGAGCCUCUGGCCAAGAGCAAAGCUCUCAUCGCUGGAGGGCUGGUAGAAAGUGUCUUCUCUCCUCCCAGACAAUGCUGUAGCCAGGGGGCAUAUGGUGUGGUGGGUCUGGCCUUGAGUGGUCCUAAGGUGCAGGGGGCAUCUGUGCUCUUGAACCAAGAAGUCAGCAACCCAAAGGCGGCUGAAGCCACGAUCCAGCGGCUAAAAGCAGCCAAAAUUCCCGAGAGGAACACCUUAGGAUUCAUGUUCGCCUGCGUGGGGAGAGGCCAGAACUACUACCACAACCAGGCCAACGUAGAGGCGGAGGCCUUUCACAAGGUGUUCCCCAACACGCCGCUCUUCGGCCUGUUUGGCAACGGGGAGAUUGGCUGCGACCGGAUCGUUAAAGACGACUACACGCUGUGCGACACGGACACGGACAGUCUGCAGCAUGAGUACACUACAGUCAUGACCCUCGUCCAUUUAGGCUGACUGACCCACAGUGACAAUGAUCCAACGGUAGUAAAAAAGAAAAGAAACCGCAAGUCGGGAACAAAAAACGUUUUUGUACAGUGUCACUCACAUUAAGACUCACAAUAUUGCUGUUGCCAUUUACGCUCAUAAAGCAGGAAAGUUAUCCCUUUCGCCAAUGUAAAGGCAUGAUUUGGGAAAUUGUGUCCAUCUGCGACUGUGUGUAAACACAGCUUCAUGUUAAAAAUAGUGAGUUUCACAAAGUUUUAUUAUUAGUAUUAAAAUGUGAUAUUCUUGUAAAAUAUGUGUAUAUAUUUUUCCUAAAUUUGGCCCAUGUUCAAGACAUAUCUUACCCACUGACAUUAACCUCGUGGUCUUGUUUUGCAGGUAUGUUAAAAUAUACACGUGUGUGUCCCACAAGCUAUUGUUGUAGUUGGUGAUUCAGCGCAGGCACUUUUUAUUCAUGUAAGUAAGAGUGUGGUCCCUCUUCCACACAAUCGAGGCAAUCCUUGAUUUAAAACGCUCUUCCUUGUUAUUUACGUUUUACACUUAUGGUUUUUACAAAAAAAAUAUGCGUUGACCUACAAAUGAAUACGCUUUUGCAAGAUAUCUAUAUUAUGGUUCAAAUGGGCACAGGGACAUCAGUCAGAAUCUUACAGUGCCUCUUUUGUUUGUCCACAUCAGGUCAAAUCUCCUACUACCUAUUUCCAACUAUUAAUGGUUGGGCUGAAUACUUAUUGGAUCUCCUGCAGCUGAAAAGAAAAAAGUCCCCCUAAGAGAGAAAGUAGAGCAGAACGGCGACACUGUUGGCACGGACCAGCAGGAACUCUCUUUCACCUCACUUAAGACUCAGCUCUUCUACAAUUUCAAACUUUAGGAAAUAGUUCUACUUUCCAAGGUUAGAAAAAAUGUGAGUAAUUGACGUAGAUGAUGAUGUGUAUGAUAAUGGAUAUUUUUGAAAUCCUGAUGGUACACCUUGAGAAUCCAAAUGAGAUAAAAAUGUUAAACAUGCCUUUUAUACAAUAGAAUAUUGGUAAACAUCCAUUAAUGCUUUAUAAUGUUAUUUUCUAGAUGACCCUGUCAUUAAUUGUUGCCACACUUUUUCCUCAUGAAGAAGAAUAUUCUGAUGACAUGAAGGUGCAAUUUCCAGUAAAUGUAUAUGUUUGUUGA